AUGUCGUUGCUGAUGAUGACGACACUGGGGACGUUGACGGGGAGCCAGCCGCUGGAGUUGACGACGAUACCUGAGGUGUGGACGAUGAACUGUGAUGACGACGAUAGUGGAGGUGCUGUGGAGGAACUAGCAGCUGGUGAUGAUGAUGACAUUUGGAUCAUUGAUGAAGAACUAUCCACAGGUGAUGACGACGAUAGUGGAGGUGCUGUGGAGGAACUAGCAGCUGGUGAUGAUGAUGACAUUUGGAUCAUUGAUGAAGAACUAUCCCCUGGUGAUGACGACGAUAGUGGAGGUGCUGUGGAGGAACUAGCAGCUGGUGCUGUGGAGGAACUAGCAGCUGGUGAUGAUGAUGACAUUUGGAUCAUUGAUGAAGAACUAUCCCCUGGUGAUGACGACGAAAGUGGAGGUGCUGUGGAGGAACUAGCGGCUGGUGAUGAUGAUGACAUUUGGAUCAUUGAUGAAGAACUAUCCACAGGUGAUGACGACGAUAGUGGAGGUGCUGUGGAGGAACUAGCAGCUGGUGAUGACGAUGACAUUUGGAUCAUUGAUGAAGAACUAUCCCCUGGUGAUGACGACGAUAGUGGAGGUGUUGACGUACCCAUCGCUUGUGAUGACAUCAUCGUGCUAGAGUAUGACAUCAUCAUGUUUGAAGAUGACAUACUGGACAUUAUUGGGGGAUCACUUGACAUGGAGUUCUGA